UUGUCAUUUUUAGGACCCUGAAAGGCCAAACCAGAGCGAGAAAGAGCGAGGAGGGGGUGGGGGAGGUAACAGAGACAGCGCCUGACGAAGGUGUGAAGGCAGCAAAGGUGCUCGGAGCUGCAGGUGUGAGACCGAUUCUUGUGGCUUUAUCUCCGCCUCCAACAGGCCCCGACAUUGAAAUAGCGCCUGGCGAGGGUGAAGAGACACCAGCCAAGUUGGGGGUGGUGGGGAUGGGGUGGGGGCAGCUGACAUGAAGCAGAGACAGCAGAGCGAGAGAGACAGCGAAGGUAUUAGCAGCUCAUAAAAAGGCACUUAGAGCCGCGGUUGGGCGACUCACACAUUCAUCACCGCCAGCUGCUACCGAAACACACGCCUUUUUUGAAGGAAUUACGAAGAUGGACGGAUAAAGGCGAAAUGUGCGAGAUAAGGAAUGUGGGAGGAUAAUCUGAUUUAACAGACGGUUGAACCUGUUUUCCUGUCCGUGAGAAUUUGGAAAGUUACACAAAUUACACGGCAAGACAAAAAAAAAGAAAAAGAAAAAGAGGAAAAAAGAAAUCACAUAAAAGGAGGAUGGUGGUGUGUGUUUAGAGAAAGUGUGUCAGCGCCUCUGUAGACACAGUGUAGCCUGCAAUUUCUGCCAGUAUAAUCAGCUAUAACGCACGAAUCAUCCCUCUCAAAACCCCUUUCACCCCGCCCACAAGAUACAAUCCUUCCAUUCCUGUAUUUUUUCCCUCAUUCACUCCACCAGGAUGCCUCAGAGCAGGACGCAGCACACUCACUCUGUUUGGACAAGAACUUAAUACCCCAGAACUUAAUACCGCUGGACACUUUUUUAAAAAAAAAAAAAAAACUCCUGCUUUCUCUUUUUUUUAUUUUCUUGGGGGAGAAAACAGGAUUUGGAAUAAGCUCUUCCUCUCUCUUUGAUGCUCUUCUGAGGAUCAGACAGCCUUGACAGGAAAAAAAAAAAGUUGUGACAGAUUUAGAAAGAGGCAAAAAAAAAAGAGAAAAGUGCAAAGAGAGAGACAGACAGAGCUUUGCCCCGGAGGUUUCUGAGGAGGAAACAGGAGACAGAUAAAGAGGCAGCGAUAAUCUGAGAGAGAGAGACAGACAGACGGAGGGAGGGAAGGAGCACAGCUGUUCUGUGGAAGAGAGGGGAAAAUAAAGAUAAAGAGCGCAAAGAGGUGCACAAGUGUGAAGGGCGAGGAGAAGGGACCCGACGAGGACAAGCCAAGGCUGGAAGGAAAAACAGGACAUACAUGGGAGCCGAGGGUGAGGAGUGAGUCAAGGUGAAGGUCAAGAAAUCCAUAAAGAGGAGAAAUCAACCGGCAGCGAGCAUGGAGGCGAAGCGGCAGAAGAGGAGAGGCUUCCUCUAAAGGUGCUUGACGCAAAAAAAAAAAAAAAAAAAGAAGAGGACGAUUUCCUCAUCAUGUUUUAUUCAGCUGGCUUCCCAAAUUCAAACAACCUGCGCCGGAAGAGCAACUUCGUCCCGGGAUAGAAUGACGAGAGGAGCAAAGAGAUACCUGCCGAGUCUGUGAUAUCCUCCUGCUCCUCCUCCUCCUCCUCUUCACCUCGGGCCUUCCUCUCCUCCUCCUCCUCCUCCUCCCUCUUCUUUCACUUUACACCCAGCCUUUUUAAAUUCACUGACUUCCUCUUCCUCCGUCCUGAUAUCACCUCUCCUCCGCUCUCCAUCUCCUCACUAUGUGGAUACCAGCUUUGCUCCUAUGGAUUCUUAGUAUCACUCAUCUGUGCUCAGGACAAUACUUUACAGACUAUUACCAGCCUGGAGACAUGGGCACUGAGGACCCGCCGUUGUCAGAUGACCAGCCCAGCUUGGAGACAGUGACGAGCGUGGAUCAGCUCUUGCAGCUCCUGUACCCCGAAUACAGCUUGCUUCAGCACUGCCGGAGGAAGAAAUGGCAGAGUGUCUCCUCUUCGUCGUCGUUUCCCGCCUCCUCAACCAGUCCUGUAGUCCACUCUGGCGAUGAGGACAUGUGGGGAGGGAGGGAAGAGCCAGCUUACAGAGUGGACGGGACUUUGGCAGUCAUCCUCGAGGAGAUCCAGCGGACCUCCUGCCAGCCCAGAGAGGUGUGUGUCGAGGUCGCCAAAGAAUACCCAGAAUCCACCAGUCAGUUCUACCUCCCUCGCUGCGUGGCGCUGCAUCGGUGCGGUGGAUGCUGCAACAACGAGGCCUACUACUGCACCAACACGAGUCACGCGCUUGUCAACAAGACACUGAUGGAGCUGUCGCCGCCGAAACUGGACCGCUCCGUUGUCAUGGUGACCUUUGUCAACCACACCUCAUGUGAUUGCCUCCCCAAGCGGCCGCUCCACUCCAUCAUCAGACGAGCCGCGACGGAUCACCUGUGUUCCCCGCCCGAAGUUCCCUGCGCCUCAGGCUCAUUGUGGGAUCCAGUGAACUGUGUGUGCGUCUCCGCGGACGCCAUAAACUACUCUGAGACCGAGGCGCUGAACUCAGGUCUGCUGGCUCUUUGUGGGCCCAACAGGGUUCUGGAUGAAUCCACCUGCGACUGCGUCUGUCGAAAUGGGCUCACCGAGGACAGCUGCGAUCCGGGCUGGAAACUGGACCACAACACCUGUGUGUGCCGGUGUGAAGGUCAAGGCGAGGGGAAGUUGUGCCCCACCGGCCAGCGGUGGGACGAGGAGCUGUGCGGCUGCGUGUGCGCCGCCGAGUGUCCCAGGAAUCAACCCCUCAACCCCGACACCUGCCUGUGUCAGUGCAGGGAGAGUGAGCAGUCGUGUCUGCGGCUGGGGAAGAAGUUCAACCGCAACACCUGCAGCUGCUACAGGUUGGCUUGCAGAAAUGCCCGGCCCGUGUGCCCGCCUGAUUUCUACUACAGCCCCCACGUCUGCCAGUGCAUCCCCAACUACAUGAGGUGGAACUAACCAAUGGCAUGGAGGCAGAGGAGCAGAACUGCAGAUCGCCCUUCGCCAUGAGGCCUGAAAUAAAGAGGGGAAGAAGUGCUCUCUUGACAGGAGGGCGGGAAGGUGGAACCACACAUGUACUGGGUUACAACAGACUACAAGCAGCACUUGAGGAGUUUUAUUAGUGCUCUCUGUGCUCUGACACAAAGGAGGACAGGAGUGCUUCCCAGUGACACAAUGAGGCCCAAAACGGCCAUCCGCAUGCAGUAAAACUCAUAAAAGUGAGCAAUUCCGCGCCAAAGAGAGAAAACGAGGAGAGACAUUUGCCUCGCCGGGACUUCGUCUCACACGUGUUGGCCCUCAAGGCCAACGCUCACAACCCCCGUCCUGACAAAAGCAUGACAGGGCAGGAUGGAUGAAUCAGACCUCGGUGCAGAGACAUCGCACUUGACUUGCUCGAAAAGGAAAAGUGGAAUAAAAUAAUAAACAGACUCAGACUCGACGUGAACGUUUAAAUAAGCUGCGGGCAACUUCACACGUUGGCAGCCACGAGAUGUUGAGACAUCUGAGAGGUUGAAGGAUUUUUUUUUUUGUAUAAAUCAUGUAAUGUGAUGUCCCUCUUUUAGCAGAGGUGGAGACGGUGGUGGUCCCCUUUUGAUUUUAACAGAUUGUGUCUACUGCAUCGCUACUGAAAGGAAUACAAAGAGGCUGUUGUUGCAGCUUCCCUUUUUUUUUUAUUAUUAAAAAUGUCUUUUCACAUAAAAGUCUCCCCUCAGCCAGGAGAAGUAGAGGUUUAAUGCCAGACCCUGUUCAAUUAAACACUGAUUUAAACGCUCCCAAACAGCUAUUAUACCCUCCAGUUUCA